AUGCGAGCGAAGCUGACGCUAGACUACGCGGUUUUUAUAAAUGAUCAAGAACGAUUCGUGUACGUAUACGCCCGUCUAGAAGGAACUGCGCAGAAUAUGGCAGCAGCCUACUUCGAACAAGGCGUUAUAAGCCAGACACAAACAGCAGACCAGUUCUUAGACUACCUGAAUCGCAGGUACGGAGACCCCAACGCCAAGGCUCGAGCUCAAGACCGCCUUCGAUCCCUCCGACAAAAACCAGACGAAAGUUUCGCGACGUUCUUACCAAAAUUCGAAAAAGAACUAGCUGAUAGUGGCGGAGGAUCUUGGAAUAACGAGGUACAGAUCAACUAUCUAGAGGGAGCGCUGAAUAAUCGACUCCGGGACAAGCUUAUUAGUGUGAUUGGAAUCCCGACAGACUUUAACAGCUACACCGAACUGCUUCUUACUAUUAGCUCUCGUAUGGAUAGCCAAAGACAACAAUACCACUACUACCCAAACCAACCCAGAAGAGAACAGCCCCAACAGAACAACCAGGGGGCUACGGGUAGCUACCAGAUGGAUUAG